AAGACAUGCCCUGCAUGUGCACAGAGCCCCAAAAAAGGGGGGUAAAUCAGAAGACAAAAUGGCCUUCCAUCUCUUCUCUCUCUCUCUCGGUUGCUUGUCCGAAAUCUCCCAAGGCACCAAUAUGCUUAUCGUCAUCACCACCACCACCACUACCUGAAAUUCCGUUUUUGCCCUCCGUGCACUUCAGCCGUACGGCACCACCGAUUCCCACAACCUCCAACAAAUCUAUGUAUAGCAAAAUCCCAAUCCUAGGGUUUCUCUGUUCUGGAAUGACACUCGGCGCCGGCUAGGGCAAUGCUGGUUCCCGGAGUGUUAGGGUUUGAGAGCAUCGUCUUGGCCCUAGUUUGUGUUGUUUGGCUCGUGAUUCGCCACAAGUGGAAGGAUGCGGCGGCGAAGAAGGAGGAGAUCAUGAGGCUGGUGGCUAUUGCGUCCCAGGAGACCGCCAUGGCCGAGGUCGAAGCCACCGUCGAGUACACGUUCAUGCCGGUCGUGCGGCGGUUCCAGUGCGCUGUCUGCUUCAGCCCCACCACUCGGCGCUGCUCUCAGUGCAAGACCGUUCGAUACUGUUCUGGCAAGUGCCAGAUUAUGCACUGGAGACAAGGUCACAAAGAUGAAUGUUGUCUUUCAAUUGCUGCCGUGCAGUUUCAAGAUAAUAGUGACUUCAGUGGGAAAGCAACUUCGGAAAAGGAGUCUGAAAUUUUCGGUAAUAAUUUUGGGAUAGGAGAACCUGAACUUUUUUCUAAAGAUUCACUGAUGAUGGAUGGUGAUAAUAUCAUCUGGCCUUGUGCAGAUACCAAAGGACUGCAUACUGGUUUUCCAUCUUCUGGUGGCUCAUUGUCUGCUGGUUUUUCUCCAUCUCGUGUUGGAAGUAACACAUCUGUCAAUAUUUCUUCCAAUCAAGUCAUUAGGUCCGGCACUGUUGACAGAUCAGAGAAACCCCUUUCUGAUGGUGUUGCCCCUGAUAUGCUUGGAACAACCGCUAGCUUUAGUGAGACAGAACUAACCAUGUUGCCACCCACUGAGUCUAAUAAUUUGUUAAAUUCUGUAGGUCGUAUUUCUUGUGCAAAUAUAUCAAAUAACGUGAAAUCUGGUCAUAUUGAUGAAGGGGUUGACUUCAAAUCUCAAUUUUCUAAAGCCAAGCCGGUCUUAACUGAUAAUGUGAAGCCAGCAAAUAUGGGCAAUAGUAAGCCCACCAGAGGGUCUGCUUUAGGAGGAAAGUUAGUUGCAGAUGCCUCCAAGUUUAGGCGCUCACCAUCCUUGAGCUGUUCAGGGUCAGAUUCUGUAGGUGAUGAUGGGGAAGACGACUCUGAGUUAACCAAGUGCAAAGAAGUCAGGUCUUUGUUUUGUAAUGCUUCUAGUGAUCGUCCAUCUUCAGCUACUGGAGGGCAUUCGGUUUCCAAUUCCAAGUCUGCAAAAAUUGAUGGUUGUCAUGCCUUACCUUCAAAAGUUAGUACUGCUCCAAGCUUGCCACAAGAUAUUCGAAAUGGCUUGAAAAAAUCAGUGCGGAAAGUUGUACAGCAGUUUAGGGCCCCAAAAGAGUCAAAACACAAUCUGUUAGGUCUUGGGAAUGAGACUGGAAAGCACAAUUACAAGAUAGUCUUUCCAUACGAACUGUUCAUGAAACUUUACUGUUGUGAUAAGGUGGAACUAUGUCCAUUUGGCCUUACAAAUUGUGGUAACAGUUGUUAUGCUAAUGCUGUGCUCCAGUGCCUGGCAUUUACUCGGCCUCUUGCUACUUACCUUCUUCAUGGGCUUCAUUCUAAAUCAUGCCGAAAGAAGGGGUGGUGUUUUAUAUGUGAGUUUGAAUGUCUUAUUCAGAACGCGAGGGAAGGCUAUUCCCCAUUGUCUCCCAUUGGGAUACUAUCCAAAAUACAUAAAAUUGGAAGUAAUCUUGGUCAUGGGAGGGAAGAAGAUGCCCAUGAAUUUUUGAGGUAUGCUGUUGAUACAAUGCAAUCUGUUUGCCUCAAGGAAGUUGGGACUGGGGGUCCAUUGGCAGAAGAAACAACCCUAGUAGGCCUAACUUUUGGGGGUUACCUUCGAUCUAAGAUAAAGUGCAUGAAGUGCCUUGGCAAAUCUGAACGGUAUGAGAGGAUGAUGGAUCUUACUGUUGAGAUAGAUGGGAACAUUGGAACUCUUGAAGAGGCUCUUACGCAAUUUACUGCUACUGAAACCUUGGACCGAGAUAACAAGUACUAUUGUGGCAGGUGUAAAACUUAUGAGAAGGCGAAAAAGAAGUUGACAAUAUUAGAGGCACCAAAUAUUUUGACGAUUGUGUUGAAGCGAUUUCAGUCUGGGAACUUUGAGAAGUUAAACAAAUCAAUUCAGUUCCCCGAGGUUCUCAACAUGACCCCAUAUAUAAGUGGAACUGGUGAUAAAUCUCCUUUGUACAGUCUUUAUGCAGUGGUGGUUCAUUUGGAUAUCAUGAAUGCUGCAUUUUCCGGUCAUUACGUGUGUUAUGUGAAGAAUUUUAAUGGGGAGUGGUUCAGGAUAGAUGAUAGCACAGUAGAACCUGUGGAAUUGGAGAGGGUCUUGUUUGAAAGGGCGUACAUGCUCCUUUACGCUAGGCACUCUCCACGGGCCCCAUCUUUCAUCAGGAACAACGUGGUGUCUCAUGGCGGACGGUCAAAGAAAAGGAACUUGGAAGCUGUUCCUUCCAGUCUUACCGCAUCCAAGACAGAGUCUAAUGCUGUGGCAGGAAGACGCAACAAUCAAUCGUUCCAUCUAGAUGAUUGGAGAUUCCAUUCAAUGCAAAGAGUUGCUGCAGUGGAUUCAUCAAGUGAGAGUUCUUCCCUUUUCAGCAGCUCAGAUGCAAGUUCUUGCAGCACCGUGAGUAGCAAGGAUUCUGCCAGCACAGGAGACUUGUCUGAUUACAUAUUUGGUGAAGUGCGACCUGGUUGGUACAGCCAUUAUGGGCUUUCAUCGGACUCAGUUUCAUCUUCAUCCUAUGGAAACUUGGAUGCAGAUUCAGAAGUGGACAACGGCUGGAGAGAGGAUUUGGAUGGGAAUGGAAACUCUGCAAUUUUGUAUUCUGACACAACUAGACACCAUAGGAAGUCUAGCUGCCAGUUCGGUAGUAGUAGUAGUACUAGUAGGGACGCUGACUUCGAGCAAUUUGUCUAUGCUAACCCUCCUUCUGUUGUAAAUUCUGGUGUAUCAUUAAGAAGACCAAGUGGUGAUAGAUCAGCUCAAACGUUUUAUUGAGGUUUGAGUUGAGAUGGAAGUAAGCUUGUAUUUAUGGUAAAAGGAAAAAAAAAAAUCGUCAUCAAUUAUUCCCCCACAAUC